GAUUUUUCUGAAUGUUCUUUCAAUCGAAGUAGGAGCGAUAGUAUUAUAAGUCGUAUUCUAUGUCACAUUUCAUGAACCAAAGGAAAUUGUACGAAAGAGAACACGUGAAAGAUAUUAGAGAGAAUGUAAAAAAAAUGCGAAAUAUUAAUUAUAAUUAAUUGAUGAUACUUUUUUAUACGCACUCUUAUAAUUUUCGAUAGAAAUAGAAUUCUUGAAAUAUCUCGAAAUAUCUAUUAUAUAUACAUAUAUAUAAAAUUUUUAAACUUUUAAAUUUUUACAUCGAAUAAUUCUGAAAACUGAUAUACAGCACAAGAAUUCUGUUUUUUUGGUGUUCAUUUUUUAUUCACGAUUUGUAUCACCGCAUCCGAGAUAGUUUUACUAAUUCAAUCGAAUGACACACUUAUUUAAUCGAUCAAAUAAUCGAUAGCUUUUUUCGUUGUUACUGAACUACUCUGCCAUUGAUCUUGAUACGCGGAGAAGCGCGCUCCGACUGGCGAGAGAUCCUGCGUGUUGAGCUGAGCGUCGUCCAUCGCUACUAUAUUGAUCUACCUGUCUCAGGGUUAUAUUCGGCCGCGUGUUUCAGCGCAGUACCCUCCGGUCCUUCACCACGAGAUCAUCGGUAUCUAGCGUUUCUCUCGUCUCGCCGACGAGGCCCCGCGUCGCAUCGCGUUUCCGUCCCAGUUUUAAGAAGCCAUUGUCAGUGAACCGUUGCUUCUCGAUAAUGCGAACUCUGCAGACUGUCACAUUGUGAGAACUUUUUAUCGGUUUCGCGUUUUGCACGAAAAAGCGACUGCAAAAAAAAAAUGAUGAUCUUGUCUCCGCGAUUCCUGUUGUCCCGAUGAAAAAAUGCCACGAUGCUGCGGCGCUUCUUUGGUUUCCGCCGCGGAUCGCAAUGGAUCUCCGCAGAGCCUCGGUCUGCAGAUCCAGGACGGAAACCCACGGAAUAAAACUGCCUUAGCACCGGGGCACAGUUUGAUGGAUUGGAUUCGUCUGGGUAAUUCGGGAGUAGACUUAACUGGAGUCGCUGGUGAACCACAAGUCGUAACGUUAUCUGAGCUUGCUAAUCAUAACAAGCAAAACGACGCUUGGAUCGCAAUCCGAGGGGUGGUAUUCAAUGUUACGCGUUAUAUGGAUUUUCAUCCGGGUGGAGUCGACGAAUUGAUGAGAGGCAUCGGAAAAGACGCCACGAAGUUAUUCGAAAACGUGCACGCUUGGGUGAAUUAUCAGAGCAUUUUGCAAAAAUGCGUCGUAGGCAGAUUAAGUCGUGGUACUUCCUCCGCGUCGAGCACUUCCUCUAUAACAGAAAAAUCGGAUACGAACAACUGUUUGCCCGUGACGCUGAGUCGAAACAAACGUUCCACUGCACAAAAGACAGUUGAUGGAAACUCGUCGGAUUCACCGAAUGUGAGUAUGGAUUGGCGGCAAACAUCUAAUUCUAUUACACUCUUCUAUCAAGGCGCACGCGACUACCCGGGAAUAUAUUACCGAUUACAAAGGUUGAGUGGCUCGAAAAUCAUCUUCAGGCUAAUCUUUGAAAAGCACAUUAUCAUCCACGAGCUCGAAUUAAUCGCAGACGUGGAAUGGCCGCCAGUGUGUAAAAGAGAUUUCGAUACAAUGCAGGUAGACUUUACGUUUACAAAGAAGCUUAAAGAUAUUUGGAAAUCUCAGGGAAAUCAUACGCUAUUGCAGGAGUCAAGCACAAAUAAACGCACGUAUACAGAGUACGAAGUACUCAGUAACACACCUCUUUGCAAACUAGUUAAUUUGUUAGUUUUACGUGCGAAAGAUUUUCUAGAAUUAAUUCCCGUUGGUAGACAUAUAGAAGUCAAAAUGAAUAUAAUGGGAAUGGAAAUAUCAAGGUUGUAUACGCCUGUCCCACCGUGCCUUCAUCCCGAAGAUAUGGCGCCAAAUUACAAGCCUGAUUGCAUUUGCUUGAUGAUAAAGCGAUACCCAAAUGGCGCACUUAGUCCGUCCAUCACCAAAUUACAACCUGGCCAAACCUUUAUGAUGAGCAAUGGUUUAGGUGCCUUUGUAACCGAAUCUUUCGAUCGGUUUCCUAUUAUUCACAUGCUGGCAGGUGGAACGGGUUUAACCGCGAUGUUAGGAAUAAUUCAGCGAGCUUUAGCGAGGCGCAGUGUAAAAUUAAUCAAUCUUCUAAAUUUCAAUAAGGAUGAAGACAAUAUGUUUUACGUAGCGCAGCUUGAAAAAGUAUCCGCAGAGAAGAAGUUCAAAAUUACACAUAUCCUUUCACAAGCUGGAGAUAAAUGGGAGGGUAGACGCGGUACAGUAUCCGAUGAAUUAUUGAAAGAAUUGAUUGGCGAGUGUUCACCAGAGGGAUGCGUAUUUACGUGUGGACCAAAAGGAUUUAUGCUAUCUGCAAAAAAGUGUAUUCAGACACUUGGUUGGAAAUCUCACCAAAUAUACGAUUUCGACGACUAAUCGUCUGCGCUGAAAGUAUACGUGCCAUAUAUAUGUAUGUUUCCUUUCCUUUCAGAGAGUCUUUCUAGAGAGCCUAAUAAGAUAUGAAACUUCGUACCUGUCGAAACCACGUUUAGUUAAAUAUUAGUACAGAUAUUCUGUGACAGUUAUGCGAACUGUCAUUGAUGUGUCUAUCGUCAAGGCGUAUUUUUCUGGGAUUAUGAAGAUUUUUAAGCACUUUUACUCCCGCCAUCUCCGCCCAUAACGAUACAACAUUCUUAGCUGCGAUAAAUUGUAAUACUGUCCGUAUAUAAAGUAGACAUUUACAUGUACUUUUGCAACCAGGUAAUAUGACAUAAAAGUAGAGAAAAUAGAGAGAGGCGAACUUGUGCGAUUUAGGAUAAUAUAGGAAAGUGACAUAUUCCUCACCAAACAUAUGCAAGAUCUGUUCUAUACGGUUCUAUUGAAAACAUUCUAUUGAAAGCAGUCUAUUGCAAACAUUCUAUAGAAAAUAUUCAUAUAUAUGUUCUAUUACAAAAGGAAAUGUUCAUUACAAAACUGUCUCUGUAGACUACCAUGUAACGGUAAAGCUACUAUAUAUAUAUAUAUACUUUCAAUUUUAUAUAGUUUAUUAGUCAUUGAGCUAUAUAAUCACAUUGAAUAAUAUACAUAUCUUUUCUGUGAGAAUUUUAAGCCUGUAUAGGAAAUGCACAAAUUACAUAAGCGAGCAAAAACGCGUAACAAAAGUGAGUAGUUUUGUCAUAGACAAUUCUUUUUAGAUUGUAGGAUGCAUAUUUUUUAUAGGAUCAAUGACAUUUUUAAUUAAUGUCUUAAAUUUAUUCGCUGGAAAACAUGUUUUUAAUAUGUGUUGUUGGCGCUUUAUUUUUUUAUGUAGAUAAAUUAAAAUCGGAUAAUUGUUCUUUGAGGGGAGAUGCCAUAAAAUGCGCUGUGCAUUUAUACAAUACAUAUAAAUAUGUAUGCCGGUAUUAAUUGCAAAUAAAUGCAUAUAGAAUGAUUAAAAUCC